AUGGCGGGACCAGAAACACAAAAUGGCUACCUCGAUGUCGGGGGCAGCUUCCUUAAAGAGCUACCAAGUUCAAUCGAAAGAUAUACAUAUGAAGGAGAGUGUUCCUUCCUCCGAAUCUUCAAUCUGAAACUUAAUCCCAGCGAAUCCCCAGGAAAUGAGAAGAACAAUUUUAUCCUGUUUCAUACGAGUCGUGGAACGAUCGAAACCCUGUUGAAUCCAGACAGGGAAGCAACUACCCUUUCAAAGAACUGUUCCUCUUUUGAUCUGGACGAGGAACUUAUCCUGAUAAAAAUUCCCUCCCCCGAACACUCGGCCGCAACCACUGCCGUGGACCACGCAAUAAUGGCAGCUCUCCUACCGAUGGGGUUAUUUGACUCCCUGAACGGAUAUCCUAACGCGACUAUCCAAGGGCAGACCAGAGGAAAGCAACCUGAUCAAGGCUGGGGCUCUAUAAGGCCACCACCUGGUUACAAACGGACACCCUCGGUUGUGCUAGAAGUUGCCUGGUCUGAAUCGGAUUCAAAAUUGAAUUCUGAUGUUCGAUUCUGGCUGGCACCAGGCGACGGAAACGCCAAGACUUGUCUAACUCUGAGAGUAGACAAACACCGACUAGCAAUCCGUAUUGAGAACUGGAGACUCCAGAAUGGAAGUGACCAUCGCGUCCAGAUGAUCCAGGUGACCAAGGUCUCAAACUGCAUAACUGUCACCAACGACCCUCUUAUCAUCCCGUUCCAAGAUUUAUUCCUCCGCGCACCAUCUAUACCCGCCGAAAGAGAUAUUGAAAUCUCACAUCAAGCUUUGGAAGUUAUUGCAGAGAAAAUUUGGGAUGUUCAGGGCUUCUAA